AUGAGAGGCGAGGCGAGGCUGCUGUGCGCGCUGGGUCUGGUGCUGCUCUGCGUGGCGGCGCAUUUUCAGGGUGCCUUCUGCAGUGGCGGAGGCCACGGCGGCGGCGGCGGAGCGCACGGAGGAGGCCACGGCGGGGGUGGCGGAGGGCACGGAGGCGGCGGUGGAGGCCACGGAAGCGGCGGGGGCGGAGGCCACUCCGGUGGCGAGGUGAGCGGCGGCGGGGGAGCCCGUCCGUUCAUCUACGGGCCAGGGGCUGGCGCCCUCGCCGGCAGGACCGCGUCGGGAUCGCACGGGCAUAGCGCCGCGGACGAGCCGCAUGGCCGCGCCGCCUGGACGGUCUCUGGCGCCGGCGCCACUCUCGCGGCCAUUCUGUGGCUCUGA